AUGAGUGCGUGCCAUAGUAACCCGUUGCAGUCGCUUUCGAGCAAGACUCACACUUUUACAACCAGAACCCGUGCCCACAAUUACGAACAUAAUCAUGAUCGCAUCAGUAAUCCUUUAGAGCGGGAGUUUCUACAUCAAGAUAGUAUAUACGAUACAGCAACACCCGUUGCUAUACCAAUACAACAGCCGCGCCAGGUACCGCGCGAUACUAAAAAGAAUACACAGUGGCUGUCUGAGUUCCAGCAACUUUCCAUAAGCGACGUGCCCAGCGUGAAGCCAUCCUUCACGAGGCCCGCGCCCACAAGUACGUUUAGGAUCAUUAACAAUGAUGUCAGAAAGGACUCGCUGUUCAAGUUCCAAGAGCACCCCAUUAUAGACAGAUUAUCGCCCGAGGCUCGUGAGGACUAUUACAACAACGAAUUCGAGCAGUUGGAGAAAGAGCUUGAGAACGAUGACGACGUGCAGGACGGUGACCAGUUUCAAGACUUGGAGAACAAGACCUACGAGUACUACAACGAGUUUGCGUUCAACGACCAAUCUCACUUUCAACAGUCUGCAAGGGAUAUCCUCAAUAACAUGUCUAACUCAACUCACGAGUACUCGUCUGAGCUAAAUGAGAAAUUAUCUGGCUCAACUUUCGUAAACUUGCUGAAAAGUAUUGAUAUUGGCGAUGUGUCUUUGCAGGACAACAGACAGGGACCCAAGGAACUCAAGAAUAGCAAUGACAACACGACAUUAGGCAACAAGUACGCUGAUAUUCCAGAUUACAUUCUGGAGUGA